AUGCGCAGACUCUUCUCACCGCGCACCCUCAAGUCCCUCCUCGUCACCUCAGCAGCAUUCACUGCAGGGUGUCUGACAACCGGUCUAGUGCUCUCCGACAAGCGCCUUUUUGCCACUGUCCAAGGCUCAACAGUGGUACCCAAAAUAGCCCCUAGCGACAUCACCGAUUUCACCUCAACAGCCCCCGUUUUUGCUCCUCACGGGCCUCUCCCCGAUCCGGUGGUGCAGGUUGGGUUGCCCGGGGCCGAACCAGUGAAAAUUUUGCCCGGUUUUCUGUGUCUGUAUGAUAGACGAACCAGGACACCUCGGUGGACGUUGGAGCUUAUUACGAAUGAACAAAUUACUCCUACUGACAAGAUGUCAGUAGACAGGUCAAAAUUCGAUUUCUUCGAGGACCUGGGUGAACCGCCGGAAUUUCGAAGCACCAAUGCCGACUACUUCAAUAGUGGCUUCGAUCGGGGUCACAUGGCAGCCGCCGGGAACAACAAAUUUAACCCCAAUUCAAUGCAAAAGACCUUUGUGCUCAGCAACAUCGCUCCACAGGUCGGAGUCGGUUUCAAUCGCGGAAUAUGGAACGACUUGGAGAAGUACGUCCGUGCAAUAGCCAGGAAGUCUGCCAACGUAGUUGUCGUUACUGGACCCCUCUUCCUCCCGGGAAAAAGCCUCUCAGACAGGGGUCAUCGGCAGGUUGCCUACGAGGUGAUUGGCCAGAACAACGUGGCCGUUCCGACCCACUUUUUCAAGGCUGUUGCUGUCCAGGCGGCGCCACGCGGACCCUGGAAGACGUAUGCGUGGGUCAUGCCGAACCAGGCGAUGCCCGAGGGCACGCGUGUCAACAGUUUUGCCGUUCCACUGAAGGACGUUGAACGAGCCGCUGGUCUGCUCAUUUUCCCCAACCUCUACAAGUCCUGA